ACAGAACCAUCGCGAAAUUUCAUCUGCACUUACGAAGUCUUAUGGCAUUUGGGCUAUCCCGGCCCUUACAUACAUAUCGAUGGAGUGGUUCUCCAGGACGGAGGAAGGCUGACCUUAAAAGCUUUGUGUGAAGGAAGCAGAUCAGGCAACGAUGUCUUGUCUUCAGUCUCAAUUCGCUUUAAGUCCCAACUAGCUGUUCCCCAAUGUCCUAUUGGCCAUCAUCAUGGCCAAAGGUCUCAGGUCGGUACUGAACAUCUUUUCUCCGCAACCAAUAGAACGCUAGUCUAUGUGGGUCUCCUUGGAAAGUACUCGCAACUUUCUCUCGAACCCAACACAAAAAGCAGCUUGAGCAGCAGAAAGGCGACCUGA